AAAAAAUAUAUUCUCACCCUUCAGGAUGAUCUAACGAAAUAUUCCUUAGCCUUUCCUAUCAAAAAUCAUGAGGCAACAACUAUUGCUAAUAAACUCGUAAAUCAUUUCAUUUGUAAAUUCGGUAUUCCAAAGCAAAUACUAACUGAUAGAGGUCAAGACUUUUCGUCAUUAUUAUUAAAAGAAGUUGCACGUCUCUUCCGUAUUAAGCAAAUACAAACAUCCGCUUAUCAUCCCCAAACAAAUGGCGCCUUGGAGAGAAGUCAUGCAACCCUAGCCGAUUAUCUCAAACAUUAUGUUUCCGAUAAACAGACCGAUUGGGACCAAUGGUUAAAUUUCGCCAUGUUUUCUUACAACACUUCGGUCCAUACUUCCACUAAAUAUACCCCUCAUGAACUCGUCUUUGGAAAUAAACCUGAAUUACCAUCGUCAAUAACUCAAACUCCCGAAUUUAAAUAUACCUACGAUUCAUAUGUUGACCAACUUAAAUUGAAACUAAAUAGAAGUCAUCAAAUAGCUCGAGACAAUCUCGUAGAUUCUAAGGUAAAAUCGAAACAGAAUUACGACAGAAAAGCAAGGGACAUCUCUUAUGAUCUUGGUGACAAGGUCUUACUUUCCAAUGACGCAUCAAAACCCAACAAAUCAAAAAAACUAACAUCCAAAUACACAGGUCCAUAUGAAAUCAUAAAACAAAACUCUCCUACAAAUUUCACCAUCCGUAUCAAAAACAAAAAUCAUAAUGUCCAUGUAAAUAGGCUCAAGCACUAUCAAGAUUCUAUUGUUCCAGGUGCAUCACACCAGUGAUUGCAACCUAUCAGGUCUUGAACAUCAAUUCAUCGUCUGGGAUUUUCUUUGAAAAUUUAGGACCGGCAAGCUUUUUCUCCGAAACUUGGAAUUUAGUAGUCCAUUUCAACGUCUCCACGGUCUUAGAAAAAUUUAAUUUUGUUAAUAAUACGUUCCAUUCAACCCAGAACAUAUGUUUAAUCGUUCCUUUUCAUCUUGAAAAAACUUUAUUGAGCUAAUUGGUCAUAAAUCACGCAAAAAGCGGGGAAUCAUAAAUGGCGUCGGCAGUGUUCUUAAAACAUUAUUUGGUACCAUGGACAAUGCAGAUGCUGAAUAUUAUACUGAUGCAAUAAACAAAGUUAUUUCAAACAAUGCUCAUAUUAAAGAUUUAUUAGAAAAACAAACACAAAUUGUUCAAGAAAGCCUCACUACUUUUAAUAAAACUUUCACUAACUUUGAGAGAUAUAAGCAAAAACUAAACGAAAAUAUUGCAGUUUUUAAUAAUUUUACAAACUUUAUUGAGAAUUUUACAGAUGGCAUUAAAGUAAGUCAACUAGUCACAGAGCAUAUGACGUUGUUAUUACAAUUAACGCAUUCACUUGAUAAAGAUUUUGACAAUUUAAUAUCCGUUGUCUUAUUUGCUCAAAGGAAUCAAGUACAUCCAUUUAUUAUCACUCCUGAACAAUUUCUUAGAGAAUUAAAGAGCACACUUUCUUAUGUCCCCAGUUCAAAAAAAUAUCCUUUACCCUUAAUAUCUGGAAAUGCUCACGAUCUUCUAAAACUUACAGAAUUAAAACUAUUUUACUCCCAUUCGGAAUUAAUCUAUAUUAUUUCAGUUCCAUUAGUUAUGGAUAUCACCUUUACUAUAUACCAUUUAAUCCCUUUGCCAGUACCACACGACAAAGACCACGACAGUAACACAACCUAUGUUUUUAUCCAACCGCAAAAUAAAUAUAUUGCGAUGUCGAAUAACAGGUUACAAUAUUUGGUAAUGUCGGAUCUAGAAUUUUGCAAAAUCAUCACCGGUAAUGUUAGGAUUUGUAAACAAAAUAACAUUCUUUAUCAAACUCAUAAUCAUCCCAUGUGCGAAACUCAGUUAAUGUUAAACACUAGAACCAUUCCAAAAUCUUGUAUUAUCCAUCUCAUUAGAGGUAAUAUUAACACUUGGUAUAAGCUACAGCAUUUAAAUAAAUGGUUAUUUGUGUUAUCAGAAGAACAAACUUUGAAUAUAAUAUGUAAUGAUGAUAUACGAAAUCUAAACAUAAAGUUAUUAGGCAUUGGAAUUUUCUCAUUAGAUAAUAAUUCAUGUAAAGCGUAUAGUAAAUCGGUAACCCUUGUACCAUCAAAAGCAUUUAUUUCCGAAUGUGAAUCAUUUUCACCUAGUUUAAGUUUAUUAAAUGAUACAUGUUGUACUUCCCAACGAAUUAAAAAUGCUAUUGACAGAUACCCUAUUAAGGAAUUUCACACUGAAAAUGUUAAUCUCGAUGUAAUCAACUCUUUGUCUCAUCGUUUAGAUGUUGUACAUAAGGAAAUUAUUAGUUCUCAAAUAUCUCCGCACCUCAUUCAUCAUUCUUGGUUCACACAAAUCAUAACGUACUUAAUUUGUGUAAUAAUUUGUUGCUACAUCUUUGUAAAAUGUUAUCAGAAACGAAGUUUUCUUUGUAAAUACAUAAUGUGUAUGCGCAAAAAUAAUGCAGGUCGAGACGUGUGUUUAAACGUCUUAAAUCAGCCGAUGACUGCUCCAGCAACAUCUCCAACCCCAGUAGCUGCAACUGCUACAACUACAACUGCAUCAACACCAAUGAUGGUUGUUCCACAACCGUCAUCAACAAGUGCUAGUGCUAGUGCGCAUGUUAAUCAAAGUGAUUUUGUCCAACUUGGUGCAAAUCUUCGAGCGCAUUUUAAUUGAGCUUGUUACCUUUCUCUAAGGGGGGAGGGAAUGUUAUGUACACUGCAUCAACAUUAUUUCUAAUAGUAGUUCUAUACACAUUAGCAUUUAUCUUUUGUUAAACUAAUUAGUAAUUACGGGAAACUUUUGAACAUCAUGUGAUGAUUUCAACCCUUGGACAUCAUGUGAUGAUCCAGUACCCUAAUAUUUGUACUGAUAGCAACCGUUAUAUAUAUAUAUAUAUAUAUAUCCCCAAACUCAUUGUAAGAAUAGAACAGAACAAUAUUAAUAAUAGAACUGUAAUGCGGUAGAAAUCGAGAACCGUGACUUGUGAAUAAAAAUCAUCUUGAGUAUUUAAA